CGGCGGGCAUGUUUUUGUCGUUUUCGCGGACCAGCAAUUCCGCAUACAUAUAUGUAGGAUCCGAAUCCGAAUUUUGAACUCCAGAGCCCGCCACGGGAAUGCCCUUUCUCCCCCGUUGCCCCAGUUCAAUUGCUCCAUUUUUGGAUUAGAUUUCGCCAAAGCUCCGACGAAGAGGCAGAAUUCAAGCUCAUAGCGAGGAAUGUCGUUGUCAGUCAAUAGCGAUUCACAAUCCAAAAACCCUAUUACCUUGUACAGCCGCAAAGAGAAAUCUCUCGGCGUUCUCUGCUCCAAUUUUUUGAGGCUGUACGACCGAGAUGAUGUGGAUUGCAUUGGAUUGGACCAUGCUGCUGAUCAAUUAGGUGUUGAAAGACGCCGAAUUUACGAUAUCGUUAACAUACUAGAGAGUGUUGGGUUGUUGUCCCGAAGAGCUAAGAAUCAGUACACUUGGAAGGGUUUCACUGCUGUUCCUCAGACUCUGGAAGCACUUAAGGAGGAGGGUUUGAGAGAGAAGCUCAAUGUCCAAAAGAUUGGAAAAGUUUCAAUGGAAAAUGAAUACCAACCAACUGUGAGUUCAAGCAACACACAGGAUAGCAAACAUGAUUUUUUGUCCCGAAGAGCUAAGAAUCAGUACACUUGCAAGGGUUUCACUGCACUUCCUCAAACUCUGGUUGCACAUAAGGAGGAAGGUUUGAGAGAGAAGCUCAAUGGCCAAAAGAUUGCUAGUGUUUCAAGGGAAAAUGAUUACCAACUAACUGUGAGCUCAAGCAACACACAAGAUAGCACACGUGAAUUGGACAACACAAAGGAAAAAUCAGCGGCUCUCCUGACACAGAACUUCGUUGAUGCACUUAAGAAGGAAGGUUUGAGAGAGAAUCUCAAUGGCCAAAAGACUGCAAGUGUUUCAAUGGAAAAUGAUUACCAAGUAACUGUGAGCUCAAGCAACACACAAGAUAGCACACAUGAAUUGGUUAAAGGAGAAAACAGGAAGGAAAAAUCGUUGGCUCUCCUGACGCAGAACUUUGUAAAACUUUUUCUUUGUUCUGAAAUGGAAUUCAUCUCACUAGACAAUGCUGCAUCAGCUUUGCUGGGUAACAUGCAUGAUCCAACUGCCAUGCGAACAAAGGUUAGACGCUUGUAUGAUAUUGCAAAUGUCUUUGCAUCUAUGAACCUCAUUGAGAAGAUUCGUCACCCAGAAAGUGGAAAACCAGCAUUCAGAUGGAUAGGGCAGUUAGGAAAUCCAGCCAGGAGUGGGUCCAGUAGUGCCGCCAAUAUGAAUGGUCUAAAGAGGACAUUUGGGACGGAUAUUACAAAUAAUGUGACAAAGAGAAACAAGGUUGGUUCAUCAUCAGAUGUGAAGCCAUGUGAAUAUGGGACACAGUAUGUGAAACAUGGUUACAUGAAGGAUGAAAACUGCAAAUUGUCACCUGAGCGGCAUAAGCAGGGCUCCAAAGAAUUUGAGUUUGGUCCUUUCAGUCCAACUAGUGUACCAAGAGAGGUUCUUAGAAGCAUAAGUGGUGGUGGGCAUAUUCCCAACUGGGAGAACCUGGCUUCUACAUAUCGCCCUCGGUAUUGCAAUAAGGCUGCAAAUGAUUUAUUUGGUCACUAUGUUGAGGCGUGGAAUUCAUGGUAUAUUGCAGCUGAUGAGAGUAAGCAUGAUCAAAUCCAUCCCACCCCACUUUGAUUGCUUCCUCUCAUUCCAAUGGCAGCUUUUCAUGAUCAGCACAGAGUCUACAUGUAUUCUCUUCAUCCUCUUGCAGAUGAGAAUAAGUAGUUUUCGUUUUAUUUCUUGAUGUAGCUCACAUCUAGUACCCUACAUUCCCACAUUAUUGAAGUCAAUUUUGGUUCAAUGACUGAACUAAGAAAGCUGGUUUUCUUUUAAUUUUACUUGCCACCUCGCCUUCAAUUAGAGUUGUAAGAUGAUGUUCAUAAUGAACAAGGUACCAGGUGCAGAUGCGUAAUGUCAUACAUUAACACAUAAUGCAUGCAUGCCAAGAAAGGAAAUGCAAUGCUUGCAACACAUAUCAAACAGUUUAACUUGCUUUGAAGUAUCAUAGUGACUUUUUUUAUUUGCUCUUGGAACCGGAAUAUGUUAAUGCGACCUGGAACUAGGCCUGGACUUGGGCCGGUUUGGGCCCGGUUCAGGCCUGGGCCCGGCCGGGCCUCGGUUCAGGAAAGGGGAGGCCCGGAACCGGUCCGGGUAACCCCGGGUCCCGGGCUGGGCCGGGCCUCGGUUCAUUUUUUUUGCCUUUUCCUAAUUAACCCCCCCCCAAACCAUCCCAAACCAUCUCAAAUGACCCAAAAUACCCAGCCCAGCCCAAAAACUUAAAAAAAUUCAAAAAAAAGGAAAAAUAAAAAAAUAAAAUGGCCCGAACCGGCCGGACAGGUUCACGUUUUGAGGGGCCCGAGCCCGGACCGGAACCCCAGCGGGUCGGGCCUACCCGAACCGGUCACUGACCGGGCCACCGGGCCGGGCCGGAGCAGUGCCGGUUCAGGUCGGUUCUGGGUCGGGCCACCCGGCCCGAGUUCAGGCCUACCUGGAACCAAAUAAAGUUUUGGCUCGAUCAAAUAAAGGAGAUGGGGUAUUGGGCAUUGCUUCAAAAACAUUUCUAUUGCAAAAGCGUGAAAAGAGCCAGUAGC